AAAAGUUCGCCUUAAAAACUGCAAGAUGUACAAUUUUAUCGAGAAUUCCGUAAUAAACAAAAGGGCCCAGAAUGUCGUACGAAGCUCUUGUUGGACAGCCGUCGCAGUAAACUGGGGGGAAAUGUUCCCUACCGUCGCUGACUGAGUCACUCUCUCCAGAAACCAUCAACUCAAAACCGCGAGAAGGUUUUCACUUUACUGUCAGGCGAUCACAGACGCUAAAUGAGAUUUCGAAUUGGGCUGGGGUUCUUGGUGCUCCUCUCGCUUUGUUUCACAGUGAAAUCCCAGUGCAUCAGAAGCUGCGAUUUGGCUUUAGCUUCUUACUUCGUAUGGCCGGGCAGCAAUCUCUCAUUCAUCGCCCGGGUUAUGGAGACGAGCGGUUUGACCAUCGCUAGCUACAACAAAGACGUGGUGCCCAACCGAGAGAGUGUUCAAGUUGGUAGGGUCAAUAUUCCUUUCUCAUGUGAAUGUGUAAAUGGUAACUUUCUUGGGUAUAUGUUCGAGUACGAUGUCAAUUCAGGGGACACGUACCACACGGUUGCGGAGAUUUACUUUUCAAAUUUGACGACGGUUGAGGCCAUGGAAUGGUUCAAUAGCUAUUCUCCAACUAAUAUACCCGAUUACCAAUUAUUAAACGUGUCUGUGAAUUGUUCAUGUGGGAAUAGCGCGGUUUCUGAGGACUAUGGUCUGUUUAUCACGUACCCACUUCGGCCGGGGGAGACUUUGGCUUCGAUUGCGCAGAAUGUGCAGCUGGAUGAGACUUUGUUGCAGAGGUAUAACCCUGGUGUGAAUUUUAGCCAAGGGAGUGGUUUCGUGUAUAUUCCUGGCAAAGAUCCAAAUGGAAGCUAUCGGCCUCUGAAGUCAAGCUCAAAAGGACUAGCAGGCGGAGUCAUUGCUGGCAUAAUUGUGGCAGCAAUUGCUGGAGUUCUGUUGUUGGCUGGUGUUGCAUGUUUUGGAUUUUACCGAAAGAACUGGCGUUAUAAGCCUGAAGAAUCAAAUGGUGCUGCUCGUGUCCUAACAGGCAUUAAAGUGCACAAAUCAGUGGAGUACUCAUAUGAAGAACUUGCCAGGGCUACUGAUAACUUCAGUCUGGCUAAUAAGAUUGGACAAGGAGGUUUCGGAGCUGUUUACUAUGCAGAGCUGAGAGGCGAGAAAGCUGCAAUCAAGAAGAUGGAUACGCAAGCAUCAAAAGAAUUUCUUGCCGAAUUAAAUGUUUUAACUCGUGUACAUCAUUCUAAUCUGGUGCGCUUGAUUGGUUAUUGCGUUGAGGGCUCUCUUUUCCUAGUCUAUGAAUACGUUGAGAAUGGAAACUUAAGCCAACAUCUGCGUGGUUCAGGGAGGGACCCGCUACCGUGGUCUAAUAGAGUGCAGAUUGCCCUAGAUUCAGCAAGAGGUCUUGAAUACAUUCAUGAGCAUACUGUUCCUGUUUAUAUCCACCGGGAUAUAAAAUCAGCCAAUAUAUUGAUAGACAAGAAUUUCCAUGCCAAGGUUGCAGAUUUUGGAUUAGCUAAACUGAUUGAGGUUGGAAGUACAUCACUCCCCACACAUCUUGUGGGAACAUUUGGAUACAUGCCGCCAGAAUAUGCUCAAUGUGGCGAAGUUUCUCCGAAAGUAGAUGUUUAUGCUUUCGGAGUUGUCAUUUACGAAUUGAUCUCUGCCAAGCAAGCUGUUGUAAGGGCAGAUAGUUCUGACUCUGAAUCAAGAGGCCUUGUUGGUUUGUUCGAGGAGGUCCUUAAUCAACCUGAUCCUAAAGAAGACCUCUGGAAAUUGGUUGACCCUGGUCUUGGAGACAACUAUCCACUUGACUCAGUUCGCGAGAUGGCUCAACUUGCCAAAGCAUGUACGCGUGAGAACAAAGAACUGCGUCCAAGUAUGCAAUCUAUUGUGGUCACCUUGAUGACGCUCUCAUCCUCAACUGAGGAUUGGGAUGUUGGAUCCUUGAAUGAAAAUCAAGCGCUCUCAUCCUCAACUGAGGAUUUGGAUGUUGGAUCCUUCUGUGAAAGAGAGAGUCAAGCGUCAAGCGUCCAUCUGAUGUCGGGAAGUUAGAAUCUACAAGUGCAAUGUUGUGUUUAGCAUUAGGAAGUUUCUUUUGUUUGAACAUACUCAAUAUGAGAUAUUGAUAUAGGAUAUGGGUGAAUUGUAGAUUUAGGUAGAUUAGCAGAAGCAAAAACAAUGAAAAAACAGAAAAUAGAUGGAUAAAGAUGCCUUGGCUUCA